AAUGCACACAAACCUGUUGCCUGCGCUUAUAACAUGUGACCAAAGGUAGGGACGAGCUUAUAUAUGUGGAAAUCAUGAAGGGGAAAAAAAUAAUCAAUUGAUAUCAAGACAAUUUUGUCGAGUGGAAGUGAAUAGUGUCAGUGGAAUAGUAUUUAUUUAUUUAUUUAUUUUUGGAUCGUGCUUCGAUUUGUGACUGGCAUUUAUGGAAUCAAUGUGAUUGGAAUAUUGAUGAUUACGAAUAAAAGUGAAAAGUGAACUGACGGACAUGACAUUCAAGAGAGUGAGGAUCGCCUUACGAAAAGAAAAAGAAAGUUGUCACCACUAAAAUCUAAUCAACUUUGGAACACGCUAAACUCAGGAUGUCUCCGCCAGCGCCCCCGAGGAAGAUUUCCCACUCCUGCUCCGCCGGGACGCUGCCGACGUUCACGCAACUGCACGUGGGCGGAGAUGGACUUCUGUUGGUGCCCCCGCCCGCGCGCCCGCCCUCCGCCCACCAGGGUCACGUUCAUAUCAUGCACGGGUCCGGAUUUCUGAGAGUGUGGGUGGAGUUACGUGGGGGAAGCCUGCAUGUGUACCCUAACGAGGCAGCUUCUCUCCCGUCCCUCGUGGUAGCACACCUGGUUCAGUGUGACGUCACGGUGACACACGAACAGACAGAACUGCCAUAUCGUGUUGCCAUUUCACUCCAGGACAAGGAACAGCUCAGUCUAUACCUGGAGUCCGAGGAGGAGGCUCACGCAUGGUCCAGCAUGUUGAGGGAGACCACGGUGCAUCGGUCGCUGGCCCUCGAAGGACUCAAUUUAGAGUGCGGCGUGGCAGAUUAUCCCUCCCCAGGCGCCGAAGGAGACGUGUCCGGUUGCGAGUCCUUCGACGGCGAGGAGGAGGAGGAGGAGGAGGAAGAGGAAGAAGAGGAAGAGAAAGAGGAAUUUUCCCAGGAAGACCUGGACUCUUUCCUCGAUUUCCUUCACCCUCUUUACUGUGUAGACGAUGAUGCAGCGAGCGGCGACUCCUGCGAGACCGAGAGCCAGGAGGACGAGGACUCCGAAGGGCGCGCUAGGGACGCCCCCGAAGCCGACAUUCCUGGAGGAGUCCGUCUGCGCCACGCCCGUCGCCGCCUUCACCCAGGAGCCUGCGACGAUCCGACCCGCAGAGAGCUCCUGCAGCAGAUGUUGGCCACGAAGUCCCUGCUGGAGAAGAAGCAGAAGAACAGGAAGUCCGGCGCUGGUGCUUGGGUCGUGACAGCGGGUGAAGUAGUGAACGAAUACGACCGAGCUCAGCACGAGGCUCAGCAAUCGGCACUCCGGAAAGCCGUACUCCUCCGCCAGAGGAAAAACUCCACGGCCAUAAAGAUGGCGACACUGGAGAGGCAGUACCUAUCCUCCAUCAAAAGAUCUCGGGAGAGCGGCGUGGAAAUGCAGAUCGAAGCCCUACGGAACAGGCUCUCCUCCCUCGACUCCCAGCUGAAGGAGAGUGAGCAGAACACGGAGAAAACCCUGCAGGAUCUCGAGGAGAAGAGGAACCAGGAGCUACAUAUCAUCAAGGAUCUGGGUGGUGUGGAUGACGACCUCCGCGACGAACUUGGGGGAGUACCAAGAAAUCCCGGCAGCGACGAGGGAGGUUCACUGAAGAGCUCACUCGGGGGUUCACUCAGGGGUUCUCUGUCGUCGCUCCCUUCCAUUGUGAUCACCGGGGAGAGAAAGACACCCGAGAAACUCUUUGGGUUUAAGCAGGUCGGCAAUCGGGAAGGGCGGCUCAAAGGGCGCAACCCACUCCACUUCCUCGACAUCAAGCUGAGGGUUUCGCGUCGACACAAGAGCUCCGAGAACCUCGCGACGCCAUCCGACCCCAUCGCCGAGAGAUCGCACAGCAGCACCCCAGCCAACAUCUCCUGCAGCGAGAACAGCAGCGACGAGGAGUUGGAUCAGCACAGCAGCGGCGGGCGUCAGCACCUCCCGCCCCACCAGAACCACCACAAGGAGGACCCCGGCGUCAGGACGGAGAUCAGCAAGGAUGCUCUAGAGGAGAUCGAAGCCUUUAAGAACCUGAUCGAACGCUACUUCUCGACGCACCCUCGCCACGACACCAUCACCACGCACUCUCAGGAAAUCAUUCUUUAAGAUGAAAUAAAGUUGGUUUUGAAAUGGAAAAUUAUAAAGAAAAGAAAGGGGAAAAAAGAAGAAGAAAAGAGAUGUGGUUAUGUGCGCCUUCCGGUGGGUGUGUCAGUGUAUGUGCGCGAGAGAAAUGCUGUGUUGUGUGUGUGCGUGACA